AUGCUGGCAACCAUCCCCAUGAGCCUGACCGCGGCAGCGCCGCCGGCCACCAGAGAGCCACGUGGCGGCACGGUGAGCAGAGCCCCCCCGGCUGAGGAGGACCUGGACGUCGCGAUCGAGGCGGCCGUGGUCGAGGCCCGGGCCGCAGAGGCGCCCGACUUCCAAAGACCCAGCAAGCGGCCGAGGGGACCGGGUGAAGGAGAGACAGACGCUGGGACGGCAGGGACGGGGACGGAAUCAAGCGACCAGGCCCCGGGUACGGCGGCCUGGGACGGGCAGGCCAUCGUGCUGCCAGCGCACUCGGGACCCCGCCGCACACGAGGCUCGGACCGCAGGCAGCAGCCUGACCCCGCGCCCCAGGCUUGA